AUGAUGGUUUGAAACUUCACUAAAAAAAACCUGUAUGUGCGGACUGCGGCGAGGCUCAUAAUUUAGUGACCACACAAAAAAUAUCCACAAUUUUACUAAUCUGGGUAGAACCAAUUCUAGAAAUCACAAAGAAAUGAUAUUUCGGUUUUUUAUCAACUAUUUAUAACCGUAACACGAACAAAAACAGUAUGUACUAUCGAUAAACGGAACUUUUUAAAUCGUGACUAUUGUUGUAACUUUUUCAGUUAGCUUUGAAUACCUACUCAAAGCGGAAUGGAAGGCGAACAAUUUUCUCUUUGUUGGAAUAAUUUCCACGCUAAUUUAAGUUCAGGCUUUCACACUUUAUUUAAAGAUGAAGAUCUUGUGGAUGUGACUCUAGCUGCAGAGGGAAAGUUCUUGAAGGCACAUAAAACAGUGUUAUCAGUUUGUAGUCCAUUUUUUAAAGACUUAUUUAGAGUAAAUCCGUGUAAACAUCCUAUAGUCAUAUUGCCUGAUGUAAAUUAUAAUGCCCUUUGCAGCCUCCUACAGUUUAUGUAUCAAGGUGAAGUUAGUGUUAGCCAGGAAGAGAUUCCAACUUUUAUGAGAGUUGCUGAAAUGUUGAAAGUUAAAGGAUUAACAGAUAACAAUCCGGCAGCAGCUACUUCGGAGACAAAUGGUUACACGAACAGUAACAGAAAUAAUUUUGGAUAUCAAGAUCAAAGACAAAACAUUAUGAAGAGACCUAGACCAGUAAAAAAGAUUAUUAGACCAAUUCAACAGUUAAGGCCUAUAGAAAGUCCAAAAUUAACAAAGUCUUCAUCACCUCACCAACCUCAAGUACCACAGUCCCAUUCUCCAUCUACUGUGAAUCCUCCUGCAAAAAAGCCAUUAUUAGAAAAUGAUCAUCCACAAGUACCAAGCUCAACGACUAUCCAACAAACUCAGUUAAGAUCAGAAGACUAUCAAGAACCUCUUAUUAAGCCAAAACUGGAGCCGAUUGAUCAUCAUGAUGAAGAAAAUACAUCCCAUUCAGGUGAAGAUCCUAAUAUGGAAUUAUCUAAUACAGCAGAAAACUCUCAAGGGGAACCUUCACCUUCUCAUAGUUUGGCAUCUUGGCCUCCUUUUGAUAUGCCACCACCGCCUUCUCAAGACUCAUCUUCUCCUGGUACGAUCCAGUGCAUCCUCGGAAAACGCGGCUGUCCUCGUUUAAUCGUUGACGGUUUCGUGUUUUAUAAAAAAAGCGUUUACAAGGGCAAAGCCUUCUGGUAUUGCAAGAAUAGUCGCACGCCCGAAAAGUGCCAGGCCGUUUGCUGGACGAUGAACGGCAAUAUAGUAAAAUGGCCCUAUAUGCAUUGUCAUCCUCCCAUACCGGACAUAUUUAAUCCCGAAGAAGAUACCGAAGUACCUAUCGAAAAUUUGCAAGAGGUUUUGUGGCAGACUUCGUUUAAUUAGAAAUGUUUAUAUCAUACAGCUUUUAAAUGCGGCGUUUGCCACAUUUCAUUCAAAAUACUUCAUUUCUACUAAACGAGGUAUUGUUAUCAAUAACUUGAAUUGAAUAUGUUGGGCUGAAAAUAUGCGUAUUAUGAUGACAAAACCUUCUCACUCUUCAUAAUAGUAUUCAAAAUAAGCUGGACAAGUAAUAAAAUUAACUUAUAUACUUGUAGAUCCAAUACACAAAAUUGAAAAAAUAUUCUGCUCAAAUAAAGUAUGCAAUUUUAGUCUUGGCCAACAAAAUAAAUUAUUUGUAACUUGCGUGCUUCCUUCGAGGAAUUGAAAAUUAUUAGAGUAUAAUACUGCCCCUACCCUUUAAGAGUCAAGGAGUUUUAUUAUUCUUUUUCUUCUCAAAAUUGUCUAAUGAAAUAUUUCCCAUUAAAUCCUUUAAGAAAGAUAUUAUUUUAUAGGGUGUUUCCUCUUGUACAUUUUUCUUUGAAACCAUUUCACGCCCUAAGGUGACAUCAAUUAAGGAUCAAGCUACUUACGGCAAUAUCUCUAUGGUAUUGAACUUCAGUUGAAGAUUUAUAAUGAAAAUCAUGCUAAGUGCCAUGUAAUGUAAUUUUGAAAAAAAAACGUCAUGUUCUAAAAUUGCUUGUCCUGAUAUUUUUGUUACUUUGUUUUCCAACAGAUAUACCACCUGAUUUUAGUUUUUAAUGUUUAACCAAAUUUUUUGGGAAUAUAUUUUUUAAUUUGAAAUAUUUUGUAAUAUUCCUGAAGAAAUGUAAGUACCAGCAUAAUUGAAUGAAAACUGAGUUCAGUAGGUGUUUGAAAAAAAACAAAAAUUAUGCUAGACUCUUCAAAAAAGUUUAAGAAUAUUACUACUUAACGGUACUGGGAAGCGUUUUUUUAAUUAAAAAAAAAACAUUACAUUACAUGAUCUCUCUAUUUUUUAGCCUAGAUUCCUCACUGACUUUGAGAAAAGAUUUGAAAAAAAGUGAGUUAUACAAUUUUCUACAUUCAAAAUCCGUGCCAAUUUCUGAAUAACUCGUAUAAUUUCUUGUUAUUUUGAACCCGACUUUCUCUAUUUCCUAAACCUUGAAAUAUCCUUACGUAUAAUUAUUUAGUGAUUCAUGAUUGUUGGUUACUCGUUUUUUUUAUUUCCGAGACCUGACAUUCUUCUCAAUAUUUUUCUUUGUACAAUUUUAUGUAUGUAUGUGGAUAUUGGGGUGUCAUAUACCCUGCGACUUAAAGGAUCUAUUGUGUUAAUCCCCCUCCUUUUAGAAAGUCCAAAAUGUGGGAUGACUGUAGUGUCAGAGAUCAUUGUCUUUUAUUUCAUAGUAGUGUAGGGCUGUGGAGGAUAGAGGUUUAGUCCUCUGAACAACAAAAUCUGAACGUCGCAUUAACUGCUAAGUCUAGCGUCUUCAGAUGUCUGUUGAGGCGACAGUACCCCGAUAGGACUCCUGUUAGAUCGUUCUUACUUAUGUUGAUACAUUCAGCAGAUCUACUCUGGUUAUAAUUUCCCAGGAAAUUUUUUGCCUACUGCUCCUCAGCUCCUGUAGAUUGUCUGAAUAAUUCGUUUUGCUCCUAUCUACCUUCUUUUUCAGUGAUUUUUCCAUUAUUCUGUAGCUGAUGCCACAGAAGAGUUUGGGUCUCAUGAAGGACUUGUCUGCCCUCGCUUUAGCGAGCUUAUCAGCUAUUUAAUUUUUUAUUUUUCUUGACUAGCUCGUUUAACUUUUCUAGGCAAUCCCAAAUAAGUUUGGAUUUUAUGAUAUUAGAGCUUGAAUUUCUAACGGCCGCCUUGCUAUCGGACAGGAUGAUGAUCUCCUGUUUGGGAUUAAACAGGACACAUUAUUCAAUUGCAUACAUUUCUGCUUGAAAAAUGCUUGGUGUGUUGUCCAGGUUUUCAGAGUGUUUGGUUCUUGGUCCGUACAUUUCUAUUCCAGUUUUGUCUGUUGCUUUAGAUCCAUAGGUUUACUAUUUAAUAUUUCUGUUCAUUUCUUGUAUGGUGUUAUGAUAUCAUUUACUUCUCCAGCUUAGUAUUGAGAUAAAUUUUUUCGCAAAACUAAACUUUUCCGAUGCUUUAUCCUGACGCAUUUUUUUUUCAAUUUUAAAUUUAAUGUCGUCUUCCUGGGUUAAGCACAUUGUUUCAGCUGCUGGUCAUUAUUUUGUAGAUUUUUAUUAAGAUAUGUUUGCUAAGAAAUGUUACAACAUAGUUUAUUGUCUGAUUUAUCUAUAUACUUCCUCUAGUUUUACUGUCUACCAUUACUCCCAAGCAUUUAUUUGUUAUUUCAUUUGGAGCUCACCAUAUAUUUUAUCUUAUUUUGAUUAUUGUUGUGUUCUCAAUUUUUUUUAAAUUUUUGCUUAACUUGAUCGGGUCUUUUAUAAUCUUGCAACGCCACUAACAGUAACCAAGUCAUCUACAUUUUCCAUUAUCUGGGUUGUUUCUAUUACUGCCUCUAUAGAUAUUAUUGUAGGAAAUUAAACGGCCUACAAAAAAGGUCUGAAAUAAUUUUUCGCUAAGUCAACUCGGUUAAAAGUUAUUCGCAGUUUAAGUUCAACCUAAAAUAACAUAUGAUCACUCUCACAAUCUUUUAUAAUUUUUUAUAUACAAAAAAAUGUCUUAGAAACAUUUAUUAUAUAGCACGAUUCGAAUGUAAGCGUUAAAAACUGAUUCUAAAUAAUAAAUAAUUGAAUAAUAGACUGAAUCAAAUCAAAAAACUUCAGACUACAUUGAAAUCAGUUUUCAAAGCUUUCAUUCGAAUCGUGUUAUGUAACAUAAGUUUUUCUCAAUAAAUUUGGGAAGAAAAAAUGAGGAAAAUCAUGAAAAAUAUGUUGUUUUAUGUUUUUAACACGUUGAGCCCUGGUGUGGUCCAUAGGCCCUCAACUGAACUUUCCCCAGAGUGGUCCUAGGGACCACACGAUGUGUUUUAUUUUAAACCUUCUCCAUGGCCCAAGGUACUGCAUUUAAAGGUGUUUUACAGUUUGGUUGGACCGUCCUGAAACAUUACCCUACACUUGGUCCAUUUGAUUUUUUUUCAUAAUCUUCAACUCCAUUGUAAAACAAAAAACCUUACUGUUCAUAUUUCUUUUUACUUUCUUCAACAUAUUUCAAAUAAUAUAUAUUAAAAUUGUUAAUUUGUGUUAUUUUUACAUAACUUGUACCUAUUUUUGGUAUAUUUUGUAUAUAAAAAUGAAACUUUAAUUUUAAAAUAAAUACAAUAACAAUCAAUUGUUGUUAUAAUCACAAUUAUUUAUGUUUUUCCUCAAAACACGGAAUACAAUAAUGUGGUUUUCCAAAAUAAAGCCUGCAACAAGUAAUCACUGGUUUUACUUCGGAUUUUACAAUAAUUUUUUAUGAUUUUUUUUCACAACACCUCACACAAUCUCUUCUCACCUUGUGACUUGGACCUUUUUUCUUCACUAGUUUCUUUCUUCAGUAACUCUUUUGGUACACUAAUUUGAAAGUCGGUAAUAGAUAUAUUCUUUUUUGUUAUUCUUUUAUCAAGAAUAUGGGCAUUUACCAUUGCAGUACCAAGUAACAGAUCAAUAGCAAUUUUCCUAUACCACUUCAACGUCCUUCUCAAGGAAGUGCUGUAGCUUGGCAUUUGAUCAGAGAUCUAAAGCAGCUUUUCUGCUAACCCCAAAAUUGUAUAAUAAUUGUCUGUUACAAUUGUCAAGAAAAUUUUCCGCCAGACUCAUCACAACCUUUGUGGGUACAGACAAUUUUAUUAUAAAAAAACUAUAAAAGAUUGUGAAAGUCAUCAUGUAUUAUUUUAGGUUGAACUUAAACUGCGAAUAACUUUUAACCGACUUAGCGAAAAAUUAUUUUAGAUCUUUUUGUAGGCCGUUUAAUUUCUUACAAAAAUAUUUAAUUAUUUUUACUACACAAUAAUUCGUUAAAUUCCAAAAAGAAUUCCCGUUUGAUUUAAAUGGAAAAUAAAAAAUCACGAGGCACCUCUAAAUAUUGAUAUUUUAGAGUUCAAACUUUACAGAAUUUUUUUUUCGUCAUCUUGGACGAUAUUUCCGUAGUAGCUAAAAAAAUAAAAGUUUUUUUAGCCCACCCUAAUGAAGAUGUAUUUUUAAUACACAUGCUGUUAAUAAUUUGAUUAUGAUGUUAAUAUUCAAAUAGGGUUUCAUUGAAUUGGCAUUGUUAUGACCCGUAAUUUUUAUAAGCAUACCACUUUUGGCCAAUCGUCUAACCGUCAAUCUAUUGGAGAAUGUUUUUUCUUUUGUAUUCAAUCCAAUCACUUCGGCAGACAAUUUUGUCCAAUUUUGUCCAAUUUUGAAUUGUAUUUCUCCCAAUGGGCAUAUUAUCAUACUGGUGGUCAUUUUCGUUUUUCCAGAGGAGUUUCAUUCUUAGGAAUAAUCUGUUGAUUUUAGUAUUUGGGCCCCUUUUGGCAUCAAUUUUUUAAAUAAUAUAGCAGGACAAACGUUGCUGUUGUUGUUUUCUAUUGAAAAUUUGUUUUCAGUACACAUUCUUGAACUACCUUGGAAAGUCUUGCUGAAUGCAAGGUUAUAUUCAACUCGAUUUGUUACGGAACCAUCGAUGCUUCAUUCGCUACAAAAAAAAGUCAGUCAAGCAAGCAGCAAUUUCCCCACCUCGCCAAGCUAAUUAUACCUCGGCUAUGUGAUAGAAUUUUCGUUGCAUACAUUCAGGGGUAUUUUCAUUCCAUAAAUUCAUCAUUUUCGUUACUUCUGCGGAACUUAAUGCUCGCGUGCUUUUAGAAAUACAACACUUUUGAAUGGUUCAAUAAUAACUUUAAUUUCUUCAUAAUAUUGUUCUGGUAACAGCUUGCUUGUUAGGUUUCACAUGGUUUUGACCGUAUUUUCUUUAAACUCUGUACAAUCUUUUCUCCUCAUGCUACAAUCCUUUAAAAUCAACGCCAGUUCUUCCGCUGCCCGAUUUCCAUAUAAUUUAUAUUUUCUGUUAUUGCAAAAGUUCAUAAAUACUAUCCAUUUUUUAUUGUAAUCAGUAGUUUUUGGUAUAUUUGAUUUUAUAAUUUCAUUAAUAUUUUCGUCAGUAUUAACCAAAUGGUGACAUUUUGAAAUAUGGCAACGUGUCAACAGCCCAUGGGAUCUGUUUUAAGUAUGUUUUACUGAUUGAUUGUCUUCAAUCAGAUGACUUCAAAUUAAUUGAUUUCAUUGGAUUGCUACUAGAGCAAAACAUUUUCAAAAAAAUAACUUGUUUAACUUUUUUUUAUUAAUGUUAAAUAUAACGUUCAUUGUUUUAUUUGACGGUAAUCAUUUCUUUAGCUUCUUGUAAUUUUACCAAUAUACUCUCUUAGUUCCAUCAGCGACCUUCGUAAAGGGGUGGUUAACCCGAAUAAUUACAAAAUGGUAAAUUCUCGAAUAAAAAUUAAAUUACAAGUUAUUUAUUCAAACAUUUUUUUAAGGAAAAAUUGGAGGAUGAGGGUUUGGGUACUAACAAAUUAGAUCCAGUAAUUGCCUUUUCAAUCCUUACCCUUGAAAUAUUUCUCAGUGAUAAUUUUUUGAUAAUAAUAUUUUCUUUUUUGACUAGAGCUGUUUGUAUUAGAUCAAAAUAAAAAAAAAUCUACGAUGCUACUUUGUUUAGACUUGUAAGUUUCAAAUGUUCCAUUUAUUUAAUGAUUUUUUUGAAUAUUUAACAAAAUAACCUUCGACAAAAAGGUGAAAAAUAGUCCUACUUUUCAAUAUUAUAUAAAAAACUUGUUGGGAAAUCAAUUUAAAGUCCUUAGGUUUCAAGUACAGUUGGUCUUGUUGGUGUUCCUCAAUUUUUUGUGCUCACAGAUGACCAUCAUUUUAGUACAAUUAUUAUUACCUCGGCCCAUUCCGUUAUAUAAUCUCCUCCUGUCAAAAUUACUAAUAUAGUAAUAAUUUUUAUGUCUUCUCUAGCCAUUUUGUUCUGCUGAACACAAGAAAACGAGCUCGUGAUAUCAAACAAUAUCUGUCGGCUUUCAUUAACAUAUUUCUUCAAAAAAAUAUUUUUUGUCAAAGUUGAUAUUGUUAUUCUUACCCUGUUCAAAAUAUUGUCAUGAUGUCGCCAAUACAAGAAAUUCUUCUUUCUGGAUAUUACCUUCUUAUGUCACUGAAUCUAUAUUGGAGCUAACUAUAAAUGUGCUCCUCAUCCGAAAGUAGAAAAUACCAAAUAUAGAGAAUUUAAAUUGAAAUUUUGAACAUAAAAUUAGAACAAAUUAAAAAGGAAAAGUAUUUAAUAUCCGCUAUUAAAGUAGUUUUUUACUAGAGUACAAGAAGUAAAAUCGUUUGGCAUUAAUACAGUUGCUUACUAAUUUAUGAAGAGUCAGAUGUUCGGUUUGUGCUAUUGUGUGAAACAAUGCACGGGGCGCUGAGUAAUAAAUAUUUUCCAAAAACAAAACGUUUUAGGAUAUUGAAAAUUUUUAUUUUUUACUUAUUUAUAUUUUCAGCCCAAACAUCAAAAUAGUUAAAUCUUUAUUCAUGUUUAAGGAAAUACACAUGAAACAUAGUUUACUAUAUAAGUCACUAAGGAAGAAAAAUGUAGGUUAAGUUUUUAUCGAAGAAAUAUUUGAACUCUAUUUUGAAAGCAGGUUUAGUCCAAAGCUGUAAUUUUAUAUUUCAAAUACUCAUAAGACUUCAACAGCACGUACAUUCGCUCAAAUAGUGUCAUAAGUCAAAAAAUCUAUGGAGUAAUAAGUGUUUGAAAUUAAUUCAUUUCAUUUUUCCAGCACGAAUAGUACAAUAAAAGAUAUGUUUCAAUUUUUUGACUUAUGACACUAUUCGUGCGGAUGUGCGGGUAUAUGCUGCAAAAAUAUACUACGUCUCAAUACUAGUAGCUUUCCAAUUACACUAUUUGAGCACUCAAUCGAGCAAAUGGGUGCACAAUGCUUCAAACCUAUGGUCCAAAUUGUCGUUUGAGUCGAGCACAUUUGUAUUGUAUGAAGAAGACUAAAAGGGGUUAAGCAGGUAUAUAUAGUAAAACAUAUAAUUUAAAAAAAAUACUUCUGUAGUAUCCGUAUUAUGUAUUCAAUUAAUCGAGUAUAUUUUAUCUUGAACACGGUAACAAAUAAUUAAUUUGUGACGUUUUCAAAUUUGAUACUUGACAUAAAACUUACCGAAGUUUGUUCCUAACUAAGUUGGAAUCUCUAGAAGCGUUGGUGAUAUUCAUACUGAACACACUCUUUACACUACCCUACACCAACACUUACAAUUGCAAUGUCUGACGAGCAUUUCGAUAACCAAGUUAUCGUCUUCAGAGACUGUUUAUCUGUGUUGAAGUAGUGGUGGUGUAAACAGUGUAUUCAGGAAGUUUGUCCAAUUAGGGUUUUGGAAUUCCGCAUUGUUUCCAAUACCGGGGGAUUAACUUCAUAACAGCAGGAUCCUGCAGGAUACCUUUUUCAUGGAAUUAAAAAUAAUAAACUGUAUUAUGGUUAUAAUCAACUUAAAAAUAAAAAAAAAACAACGCCUUGCUUACUAAUAAUUGGCUAUUUAUUUCACCAGUUCGGCUACUUAUUUACUAAUAAAAGCUCCAGUUACAUAAAAAAAUAUCAAUAUUGGGUAGAACUUUGUAGGUACUUAUGUACUAUACCAGUUCACUAAAAUUAUAAAUUCUAAUCUUUAUCUGAGGUAAUAGUUAUUAUCAGUCUGUUUUAUUCACAAAGAGUAUCAUAUGAAUUUAGUUUACUAAAAGUCUUUCAAUUUUUCUUACCAAAUAGUUACUCGUAAAGUUAGAAAUAUGAAAUAAUCCAAUAAUCAGUCACUUCUCUUUUUGAAAAUAUGAUCUUAAAAAACAAAUGGCAUCCAUGGUUUUAUCUCACAAUCUACUUCUUAUAGAACUACAUAUGUAGCCAGCAGCCGAAAAUCCUCCUUUUGCCUCUACACUUGUUAGCUUGAUAGUUAGUUGGAAUUUCUGGACCCGUUGGUGAUCUUCACUGAACACACAGUUUACACUGCCACUACACCAACACUCACAAUUGCAAUGUCUGACGGGCGUUUCGAUAACCAAGAUAUCGUCUUCAAAGACUAAAGGUAAACUGUUUUGUUUACUGUCUAUUUUACCUUUAGUCUUUGAAGACGAUAUCUUGGUUAUCGAUACGCCCGUCAGACAGUGUAAUUGUGAGUGUUGGUGUAGUGAUAGUGUAAUAGUUUGGUAGUUAAUAAAUAGUCAUGCAACAAAAUCAAAUAUUUUCUUUCACUCUAUCGGUUUAAAAUGCUGUUAUUUCUGUCUUUAAUAUUUUGUGAAAGUUUUUCUCUUCUGUAAUUUCUGUCUGUUUAAUGUAAUCUUCAUUGUCUUGUUUUAGAUGCAUUUUUAAUUUCUCUUGUAAAGUUGAAUUAUUUUCCAGAGAUAAUUGGCUAUUAUCUACGUUUACGUCAUGUACAAGUUCUGUGUUUUCAGCGUCGUCUUUAAUGACUCUGCAUAAAAUGUGUUUCAUUUCUUGCCUUAACUUAUCCUUUUUUGGUAUUACAAAUGUAGGAUUUGGCAUUUUCAAUUAUUGGUCAUACUUAAUUGGAUGCUGUUAGUAAAUCAACAUAGCAGUAAUUUCGUUGCGUCUUUUUUUCAUUUUUGCACAUAGCACAACGAAAAGUUCUUUACUUAAAAGUGUAUCCUGCUUUUCCAACUUCUCCAAAAUAAAUCGAAAUGUUGUUUCUUUAGUUAUUAGGAUAGACUCUCUUCUACAUAGUACUUGAACACCCAAAUUAAAGGGCUGUACGCUAUCAACAUUUUCGAUUUUGUACUAUAUACUAAAUUUUAUUUCAGAUGCUAUGUCGAUGAGAGCUGAGUAACAUAUCAAGAAACCUGUUUCAGCGUGUUCGGCAGUCUAUAAUCAAGCUAAAUUCUUUUCCUGUAUCUUCUUUCACAUAUUUUUGCAAACACAUAUCAUCUUUAGCUGGCGAUCCUCGGAAAAUCCUAACCACUUUUCAAACUUUUUGAAUAAUUUAGUAGAUUCCCGAUUAUCCGAGGUAAUUGGUACCGGGACCACAAGGUUAAGUUCAGUUAUGGUGAAAAAGACGUAAAACCUCGUGAAAGGUUACAAAACUGGUAUAUUGGAAGCAAAAACAUAUAAUUAUCACAAUUACAGACCUAUAAGCAAGUGGAAACAUAGAUUAUUUCUUAAAAAAGUCUUUGAUCGUCUUCUGAGAUAACCUCUUCCCUUGAUUAGACGAUGCAAUGUUGCGCCAACGCUGUAGAGAUAGGAUGUCGGGUGGCGUACACUCUUCUUGUUGCUCUCUGAAAGCAAGAACAACGUCGAUCUCCUUCAGCCCGUCGGUGUAUGAUAUUUUGGGAGUUAUCUCGUCCUUAUUAUCAUCUUCUUCACUGUCUUUAGUACCGGUUACCAUAUCGAUGAUUUCCUCGUCGGUAAUCUCCAUCUGUUUUUGCUGUUUUGAUCUUCAACGGGUAACUCAUUGGCUAGUUCGACUACUUCACUCACGUUUUCGGGCUGAGGCGCUUUUUUGCAUGGCCCGUCAAUGCCAAAUAAAUUUUUCCAAGAAUUUUGAACGAUGGUUGUUUUUACCUCAUUCCACGCUGAUGCAAUCUAGUACGACACAUCUUUUAGUCUAGAUGUUGUAUAAGCAAGAUUACAUUAGAGGGUAGAAAGAUUGCCUUAAUAUCACCACUGCACAGUUCUUGGGCAACAGGGUGAGAUGGCACAUUAUCUGAUAGUAGAAAAGCUUUCCUGAGAAGCUUUUUUUUAUCAAAAACUCUUCAGUGACAGGUACAAAUUGUAAAAUCAAUCACUAAGUAUCGGGCGGUCCACCCAUGCAUUCCUUUGGUUGCGUUAGUAGACUUUUACAUUUUUAAAGGCUCUAGGUUUUUCGCCUAUCCAAUAAGCAGCUGCCUCAGCUUCAAUGAGCCAGAAGCAUUAGCUGUAGCUACUGUCGUUACCCACUCUUUGAUUUUUUUUAAAUCCAAGAGCAGUCGUUUCGGAUUUUGUUGUCAAGGUUUUAGAAGGUAGCAUUCAAAAAUUAACUCUCGUUUUGUCGGAAUUAGACAUUUGAUCCGAAGUUAAUCCUUCCUUGAACACAAUUUCUUCUAUUUUCUUUUGAUAUUCCGGGUUUUUAGAUGAGUCUACUGAUAGCUUUUCACCACUAAUACUUAGCUGCCCUACUCCAUACCUCUUCACUCGCGGUAAAUUUUUCCUCGCCGCCUUUAAAGUUAUUAUCAAAUUGAAGGGCCUUAGCCUGUAGCAUCGACCCACUCACAGUACGUACAUUCCUCGAAGCUGGAAAAACCACAAAAAGGGCUUGAAACGUCUGGUCGUGGGCACCUUACUUCAAAGUCUUUCGACUAGGAACAACCACGUCCAGUCAUACUUUUAUUAGAAUAUUUUUUUGAUUUUUAUUGAUUUUUCUAUUUGAUUUUCCCCUUCAAUCGCCAACAGUCACUUCCCCAACCCCCAAAUCAGCAGCCACAUUUUGAACCGAUUCACUAUUGUUCAAUCGUUGAAUAGCAUUUAGUUUUGUUCCAAAAGAAACUACAACUCCCUUCCGUUUCCCUCUCAUACAAUAGCAACAAAGAUAUCAAUAAAAAUAGCAAAAAUACACACAACCACAAUUAGCAUGAGUGCAACUAACACGAACAGAGUUCAACGCGAGUUCAGAGCCAACUGAGUCUAGAUUGUGUUAUCUUCCCCCUCCCACGACAUGACGGUUCGACCUAGCAACAGCUAGAAGACGCCAGUAGAGGCUCGACCGCGCUUUUUACUGUAUAAACAAAUAACCAUCGCGGCUCCCCGUAGAUGUCUCGCUAUUUAGACCUUUAUUCAUGUUUGUUAUUUUUGAAUGACAGGUUCGGUUAACCAAUACUCGGAUAAUCGGGAGUUUACUGUAUCAUUAUAGUUAGGAAUCACUUCCACAUUUCCGUCAUCAUCAAUAUCCAAAUCGGUCUACGACUUUUUUGUAAGUUCUAUAUAUUCUCCGACUUUUUUUGUACAGAAUAUCGACCACAGCUAGAUACAAGUUUGCCAACUUUUACCAUGACACUUUCACCGUCAGUUGUCAUGCCUAUAAUAUCGGUUUCAAAUUCAAGAUCAAAACUCGCCAAGCGUUCUUUAACUAAUUCAAUACGAUGUUCAGCAGUACAAGAACCAUGUAUUCGAAUCAGACCAAGAUUCAAAUGAGUUUCCUUAUUUACGUUCAAAUAUUUUUUCUCGAAUCUAAACGAAAAUCUUUGUAGUUGUUUCUCUAGAUGUGUAAAUUCGAUAAUCAUUUUAGCUUUAAUCGCGUUUGAAAAAUUCAUAACUGUAGGUCUGAUGGUAUUAGGAUAGGAGUUGGGGAAUUGAAAUCCACUCUUCGAGAACAAAUACCUCAAAUCUGAAAACGUACAAAAUGUAUUAUGACUAAAACCAUUCUAGAAACUAUUUUUUGCAUUGAAGUUUCUCUUAUUAAAUAGCCUUCGAUAGUUUUUUUACUUUUCUUCUUGGGAAGCUCUUCUCCUUCCUCAACAAUAUUAUGAAAUGAUGAUGAUGGUGAGGCUACUUUAGAUGAUACCUCCGUGUUUUAUUGAGAUGAUUAUUAAACAGUGUUAAGUUCUUAAGUGAGUUUUUAGGCUAGUGGUAGAACGUUGGCUAAUUUUUAAAAAAAAUUACAACAUAGGAGACAUUUUGAUUUCCCUCCAUGUUGAAACUGUUUGAAAUAAUGCUAUAAGUUUUUUUUAUUAUUUUGAAAGAAACAUCCUUCAAUAGUACAUGUGAAGCAAUAUUUAAUGUCUUUGUUAAUAACUAGUGGCUAGUACAAACAGUUGGCAUUGAAAUUAAAAAAAUCAUUUUAAAACCAGUUAACGAAGAUCUAUCAAAUUUAAAAUAACCUCAAAGAGAUUGGAAAAUUUGUUGUUGUCGCGUAAAUUAUUAAGUAUAAAUUUAAUUUAAAUCGUACAAAUGGCACUCCUGCGGCCUUCGUACAAAAACGAUAAUAAAAUACAAUAUUGGACAAGGACGAUGUCUUCUAUUAAGAACAGUAAUUCGAGGACAAAUAAAUAAACAUUGUACUAACUAACCUUGCAGUGCAGAUCGACUAAAACAAAACCACAGUGACGACUUGACGAGUCGAAAGACAACUGACUGACAUGAGUGACACUGACAACUGACAUGACGCGUUGUGAACGAUUGAACGGCAACUUCGCCCGUAAAAGGAGUAGAUUAAAGCCGGCAAUUUGAAUAAAUUUGCACUGGCUGAUGCUUGCGGAUUCGCAGAGCAUAAAAUUGAUCUGGGUCGCGGAUUUCACUUUGCUGGAUUGCAAUCCCUAGUUCCUAUUGAUUCUUGUGUGCCAAGGUCAUGAGCGUCGAGUCCAUUGGUUUCGUGACAAAGUGCUUAAUAAAUUGGAAAGCAACUACUGUAAUUGGGCUUUACAACUUAGUGUGUACGAUGUCUGGCUAUUAAACAACGAGACUGCGCGCAUAGAGGGCGUCCUAGACGGGUGGGGUAAAACCAUGUGUGACGAAAAACAGGAGCAACGUAUCAAUCUCAAAUUUCUCGUUAAAUUGGGUAAAAACUCCGACUGAGUGCUAUAAAUUGUUGCAAGAGGCCUAUGGGGAUAAUUCUCUAUCUCGUGCGCAUGUUUUUGAGUGGUGUAAGCGUUUUAGUGAGGGUCGAGAGAGCACUGAAGAUGACCAGCGCCCAGUUCCCCCUGUAACUAUUUCCACUCCGGAAACAGUGACCAAAAUUAACCAAAUUGUACGUGCAGAUCGUCGAAUGAACAUCCGGAUUAUUGCCGAGGCUGGAAACGCCGAUAAAGAAACGGCUAGAAAAAUUUUACACAAGACAAAAGUCUGUGCGAAGCUGGUGCCAAAAAACCUGACUCCUCUCCAAAAGCUCUUGCGUCAAUAGAUCUGCUCAGAUUUCCUUGAAAGGUUAGAAAAAGAUCUGCUUUGAAAGGGACCCGAUUUCAGUCAAUGGAAGCGGUGAAGCAGAGCAGUUCCUAAAGGCUCUCACCAAAUAAGACUUCCAGCACUGCUACGAUCAAAGGAAAAAAGGAAUGUAUGAUAAUUUUUAUAAGAAAACCCCUAACCAGUCUCCUUAUUUAAUAGCCAGACCUCGUUUGAACCCUGGAAUAUUUUAUCAUUAUCUAUUCAUAAAUUAGCUAAAAAGAGAAAACGCUACGCGAUUUGCAGCUGCCCUACUAUAACGAGAGGUAAAAUACAUAAUUCAUGUUCGAAUAACGAACGUUCCCUUCUUAUUUUUUAAUUAUAUUGAAAUGUGCCUUAACCACUUUCAAAAUAAUAAUCUUAACAAAUAUUUUAUUAUUAUAACCUCUAUUUUAUAUUUUCUUUCACUUUCCAAAUAAUUGCCUACAUAUUUUUUUGCUUCUGUAAAGCAUCAACACAUUUUUGUGGCAUAGAAAGUAACUAAGCUUCAUAUAUAUUUCUUUUUAUAGGUAUUUUCAGUUAUUUCAACAGAUAAUUCUAUUAGUGAUGAAUUAUCGUUUCCUUUGCUAAUAAUAAAUCAUUCUGCUUUAGACCUGUGUCAGGAUUUAUCUGUGGCAAUCAAAGGAUCAAAUUAAAAAUGAAAUUUGUUAAAAUGUUGAUGUUUUUACAGUCAAUAUUUUAACAAAAUUUUCAAAAAACUAUGCAUAAUUGGACAAUGCUCAAUUCAAAAAUUUCAAACCAAACUCCUCAAGUUCCGCAGCGGUUAAAGUAGAGUGCGAAACCACACAAUGGUGAGCUUAGAUUAACACUAAUGCAGUUGUCUGUCAGGGUAACUGAAAACUCGGUAAUAAAAACAUUAUUUUGACUGGAUGAGAAAAAUUGGACAUUUUUUCUUAUUCCGUCCUCAUCCAAGAUUAAUCAAAUCUAUUUUUAUGUGCUGUAUAAAAUUUUGCAAAUGAUAGGACUUUUUUUAAAAGAUAACUUUCACUUUCCCGAAUUUUUUGAGGGACUUUUGAAAGUGACCAUUAUAGUAUAAACAAAAUAAUUAGGAAAUAAAAUCCUAAAAUGUAUUUAAAUGUGUAUACGUUCUUUUUUUGUAUGUAUACAGUACGUCGCAUUCAAGAUAGAGAUAAUCUCAUACUUUCACUAUGUGAUUUAAUGAAAUUUUUUUAGUCACUCAAACACAUUGCAGCUUUUCUACAUAAUUUUACGUAAGAACAAAAUUGUUUUAGGUGUUUUUUUGUUGUUGUGUUAGACUAAGUAAUAAUUUGAUACGUUACCAGUGUCGUUUCCGAAUUUUUCAGUAAAAUGAUUUCCUUCAAAAAUCUAUUGAGAUCAGUAGUUUUUCUGGGCGAAAAAGAAAUAUAUAUUAUUAUAGUAUCCUGACCAAGUAGUACAUUUUUUGUCGCCAUCAGAAUCUGUCCUACAAGUAGGACCAAUUUUGUAAUAUUCACCAUAUAAAAGAAGAAGUGUCAAUAAAAAUUAAGUAGUAGGAAAUAAAUUAACUGUUUGAAUUUCAAAAUAAAACCAUUUAUUAAAUAUUACACACACCAUUUAUAAUAGUAAAAAAUUAAAUUCAAAAAAAAUCUUGUGCAAUAUAGAAAACCGGUUUUCUCAUUUGGACCGCUAGUUUCCUUUAGUCUAUUUCAGAAAGGCGUAGAGUAAUAAAAUAAGAAAUUCCGUCCAGUUAGGCAAAAUUUCGGUGUCGGCAAUAGGUGUAGGUCUUGAAAUAGUAUUGUUUGUAAUAUUAAAAUUUCAAGAAAUUGCGUAAGAGAAUUCGGAAUAGUAUGUUUUCUGACCUGAAGUGUCAAUAUCGAAUUAUUGUGUACGGAUUACUUAGGUAGUAGAUUAUACAGUUACAUUUUGCAUUUAACAGGUACCGCUUAACCUUCUGCCUAAUUCCAACUCUAUUUCAGAUUCGGCUCUCUUUUUUAAGUGUAUCCUACCGGCACGCCUUUGACACACUAUUUUCAGUGUUUGUGAAUGGAUAAUAAUAGGCUAAACCCAUACAUUGACCCCAACCCGGGUGGUACUACCUGCCCUUGAUAAAAGGAACGGAUUUUAAUAUGAAAUCAAUGCCAAACUAUGAAAGUGGCUUAAAUAUUCGUUGGAUCACUUUGUGGUCUGACGAGCUUUCGAUAACCAAGUUAUUGUCUUUAGAGACUGAAGAUAAACUGUUCAUCUUCAGUCUCUGAAGUCGAUAACUUGGUUAUCGAAACGUGUAUGAAUCCAAGUGCGAUUUCAUAUAUUGUAUCAUAUCUUCUUUCUUGGUUCCUUCACACAAUGCACAAAACCAUGAACCAGUAUUUUCUGUUUUAUGUUUCGGCAUUUUGUUUGUUUGGUUAUACUUAUUUUAUUGAAGUUUUCCAAGUUUAUUCUGUGUAACUGUGAUUUGUAAAGGCUGCAUGUUAUUUUCACUGCUUUCUGAGCUAUUGGCGCUAUACGAGAAGACAAAGUACCAUCUGGUUUUUGAUUUUUCAUUGAUCGCGAUGAUUUUUUCUUCAAGAACUCCUCUAAAUCGUUUAUUCUUGUUGUCACCUCUAUUUUCAUCAUCAUUACUGCAAGAAGUUAUAACAAAGGUUGGAGGUUGCAAAACAUCAGCUGAACCCACUGUUUACACCAACACUCACAAUUACAAUGUUCGAAGCGCGUUUCGAUAACCAAGUUAUCGUCUUCAGAGACUGAAGGUGAACGGUUUACCUUCAGUCUCUGAAGUUCUGGUGUGUUCAGUAUGAAUAUCACCAACGCUUUCAGAAAUUCCAACUUAAAACAUCAGCAGGUGCAAAUUGGUCUUCUGUAAAUACAGGCCUAUUUACUGACCAAGCUCUUGAAGCACGGAAGGCACUCCCACAGUGGCCGCUUUGACACAUGCCUCAUUAAGUAAUUUUGACAUUUGCGUUUGAUAUAUUUUAUCCCCUUCAUAUAAGCGAAAAAACGUUUCUUGAGUUGUGUAAGUCUGCAAAGGACCAAAAAAUGCUAUAUCCAGAGGCUGUAAACGGUGGGUGAUAUAGCCAGGCAGUUGAAGUAAGACCAUUCCAUUUUUUUCUAACAAACUCACAAGCCUGCAAAUUUUUAUUGUAUAUUAUAUGGCCAUUGAGCAGUAUGUACAUUGCAGUUGAUAUGUUUUUGGAAAUUUAUCGGCCAUUCAACAAAGAGAUCUGAGUUAUAUAAUUUUAAGGUCAGAAUAAAAUUUUUAAUUUCUUAUUUCUUAGACCUUUUGAUAUAUUAAUGUAUAUAAAUGUUCUUGAUUUUAGGUCUCUUCUGUUUUAAAAUUAGUUUUUUUGAUCAUUUUUAAAAGAAAGAUAAAUUUUGACGUUUCGACUUUUCUUUAAGUCUUUAUCAAUAUAUCAAAAAAAAACUACAGUAGGACCUCCAUAUAACAAAAUUGAAGGUUCCAAAGUAAAAGUUCGUUACAUAGAAACUUCAUUAUAAAGAAUUUGGUUUGUAAGUUUGAAAAAACAUAUAAAUAGUAGUACUUGUGUUUUUAUGAAAUGUAAUAUUAUAUAAAAAACUCAAUUAGAGCAAAAAAUAUACUUAUGUAUUUAUCUACGUGAAAUAUACAUAUGUAGGGGAAGUUGGGGCAAAGUGGUCACCUUAACAAAGCCUUCCUAUAAAUAUUUUUUUAGUAACUGAGAGAGUAUUUUGGAUGACUGAAGUCUCUUCUUCCAUGAUUUAGCUGUUGUUUCCCGACAUAUCCAGUGAUUCUAGACCAGAGCUAUGAAUUUAUAGAAGAAAAAGUGAGUUAAUGCAAAAUAUCCGCUUUGCCCCAUAUAUGGGGCAAAGUGGAAAGUAAUUACCAGAUAAAAGAAAACACUAUUCGUACAUAAGAGUUUAAUACAAAAACAAAUAACACUUCAUUGUUGUGAUGAAAACAGCGAAAACGACAUUUUAACAAUUUUGAGCAUUAUGUAUCAAAGAAAACCUUAAAAGAUUGUAGGCUUUUUACUAUGAAGCACCACUUAUUAUUGAAAUGAAAGAAAAAUAAACAUUUCCUCUAUAAAAAAAAGAAAGGAACAACUGACAUAAACAUAAAGUUAUUCCUAAUAAAAAUUUAAGAAGGUUAUUAACAAACUUUAAUUUUUCCGUGCCUCAAAAUUUCUACUUUAACUUUUCCUAAAAUUUCGUUAAUAACAACUUCGCUAAUGUCUUUCAUUUCAGGGAAAACAAAAAUAUCUCUCGAUUGUCUAUAUUGCCGCAAAAAGGAAACAAUAAUCUUAGGUUCAGAGGUUUUUUCAAUGCUAAUAUUUGGGCAAGAAACUUUUUUUUUGUCAAUUUGUCAGAUAUUAAUUCUGUUAAUAUAAAUUCAUCACUAUUUAGGUUUUUGAUGUCAACCUCUUCAAUAUCGAAAUCCUUUGUCUUAGGAUAAAAUUCUAGAUCGCUAUCUGUAUCACUUGAAUUUACCAACUCAACCAGAAUUGAACUGUCUGACGACGUAGCUUCAUCGUGUUUGUUCCCUUUUGUAUCUUUGUUUUCUUGGUUUUUACCAAUAUUUUUUCAACCGCUUCUUUUUUGCCUUUUGAUAUUUUAAUUUCUUUUGCAACUUUUAACUCUUCAUAAUUAGGGGUUGAUGUUAGCACCAUGGUUUUCCCCCUUUUUAAUUUUCUUUUGGGCGCUCCUACAUCACUCACUUUGGGUAAGGGUAAUAUGUCUUGCGGUGAAUAAUAUAGGUUUCCAGAGAUUUCUUUUGAAAUGGGAUCUACAGCUUGUGAUUUUUUUAGUACUGAAUGGACUAUAGGAGACGGGGAUCUAACUCUAGAGGUCCCUGGUUGUGGAAACUGAUUUAUUUCAUUAAAUCUAUUCUCAAGUAGAACUGAUUGCGGAGUGUUUGGACGCUCAUCCUCUGGUAGUCUGUCAGUAGUCUCUGCCGGUUUGAAUAGUUCCUCUGGAAAUACAUCCGGAUUAUAUGGAUAAAUUCCAGUGGCUUUGAAGCCAUUAAUAGCAUUUUGUGCAGUUGCGGCCCGUUUAAAUGCGUUACCAAACAGUUCUCCGACUUACAUUAAAUUUAUUGAAAGAAGAGGCCCUAGCAGCUGACGUAUAUUCUGGCAGUCUUAGAGAAAUAUAUUUGUUUCUGGUUAAAAACCCAUAAAUCCAAUCACGCCCUGCAAGACCUUUGAUGGCAUUAAAAUUAUGAGCAAUCUUAUUUUUUUCUGCAAACUGGAAUGCAAGGUGUCUCAGUUCCCGCGUGCCGAGGCCAAAAACCCUACUUUCCAUUUCUAUGAUGAAAUCCGCAAGUUCCUUUUCUUGCUUUGCCGAAAAAACAGGUCUAAAUCGCCCUAGAUAUUUUCUUGAAGCUGCUUCAGGGUCCUUGUUCGAUUUGACUCGUCUUCGAAGUGUUGUCAAAGGGACUUGGUACUGACUUGCUGCCUUUUUUGCACUAAGUAUAUUUCUGACAUCCUGUAUAGCUGCUAUCAUACUGUCUUCCUACCAAGAUUGUUGCCGAGUUUUACGUAUAUAUUUACGCACCAUUAUGGAAAUUCUGAAAAAAAAAUCAACUUAAUUUUUCUAUAGGGCCAAAGUGGAACACGUUGCCCCAUAAUAGGAAACCCACUUUGCCCCAAUACGUAUCGAAGCAGUAUUUUGAAAGUAAUAAAAAAAUUAGCUUGUUUUGUUUGAUUGCUUAUAUGUACGUCUCAGAUAUAUAUAAAAUGUCAUUCUAACCUUAUAUGAUACCGAACAAACAAUUUGUAUUUUCAGCUAAACUGCUACUUUACUUACCAAUGAAUAUUACAAGCACGUGGUUCAAAACUUUUCACUUCACGAAAAAAUUGCGUGCAGUCUCGACCGUGGUUAAAUGCAGAUUAAGUUAGCUGUACAUACGUAAGGGGAAUGAUAUACGCGAAGAUACCUAUAGAUGUCGUAACUAUGUUGGAAAUACCAUAUAAAAUCACUUUGCCCCGAGGGGCCACUUUGCCCCAACUUCCCCUACAUAAUAAAAAACAACAACAAAAAUCAGUACAUUUUAUGAAGCAAUAGGAAAAUGUAUACAGAUCAAAUGGUAAUUUAUUUGUUUUGAGCUGGGAAAUAUUUUCUAAUAUCUUGUUGAACACGUGUUUGUAACUUCUCAUAGAAAUGUUCACACCGUCAUUUGGAAAACAUUAUCAGGCACUUCUUCAAUACACUGGAAACCAUGUCUGAUGGUCUCAAAAGCAGACAGCAUUUCGGACUUUGAGGGCUUCGGUCUUUCUUGUUCCUCAGGAUCAUCCGUUUUGUCGUCCUCUUAGUGUUCGAGAUCUUUUAUCGAGUCUAUUAUAUUAUCAUCAGUAGGAUAUUCAGUCACAAUCAAGUCGAAACUCGCAUCUUGAAAUCGCUGUAUCUUUUUUUCUUCUACAUAUUAAGAUCUGAGACUUUCCCAAAAACUUAAUCACAUCAUUAAUUUUAGUACCAUGCAUUCAGAAAUAGUAAAUUUUAAACUUCCUCACUCAACUUUGUCAAUCGUAUGCACAAAGUCGGGAGAGCCCAAAAAAAUUUUCCAGAAUUUUCUAUACAACCGGAAAAUUUUUGGGGGGAUUCGGAUGUAUUUACUUUUUGAAUUAGUUCAAGGGUAUGUAUGCCAAUAAAAUUUCAUGAAAAAAUAUUCAUUAUUCGCCAAAAUACAUCGAGUAGAACAGCAAAAAUCACGAAUUCAUUUUUUCCAGAUUUUAGACUUAAAACUCGAUUUUGACCAUGUUCCCCCAACUUUGGAAAAUAAUAAAUGUCAUAUUCUUAUUCAGCACCCUCGAAAAUAUAAAUGGUUUUUAGCGGCUAGAACGAGGUUGGUCGGUUUUUCGUUUUCUAAGCGACUUUUUGGGGGUGAUCCGCUCGCCUAUAACUUUCCGACAGCUGGCAGGUUCUUCUAAUGUGCCUCCCCUUGUCACCAUUCCUGUAAUUUUAAUAAUAAAAAUUACUUUUUGGAUCUUAUUCCGAGCAUUUUAAUUCGUUAUAUGGAAGAUUUUCUUCGUUAUCUGGAAACAUUUUCGUAUAAAGGAAUUUCAUAUGUCACAGAGAAGAAUAUAGAAGUUCAUUACAAAGAGGUUCUAUUGUAAUUUUAAAACAGAAGAGACCUAAAAUCAAGAACAUUUUGAUGCAUUAAUAAAAUUUUAUUGUAUUAAAAAUUAUCAUUGGUGGAAAAUAUUCCCCCGGCGGCAGCACUAACUGUACAUAUCAUAGUUGUACUGACGCCACGUUCACCACUUGUUAGACUUCCUUACCUGGUGCUUCCUUUUACGAACAAUUUUUUGGGGAGACUUUUUUGCGCAUUGGUAAAACCAGAUUCGUCCAUGUUAAAUAUAGUGUCGGAUGUAAAUUUAUGCUUAUCGAAAAUUCGUUCUAAAAUAUCGAAAAAGUGACUAACAUUUUCUUUAUUAAAGCCCGUGGUUCUAGCCAUUGAGGUUCCUUCGGGUUUACGGAGCGAAAGGUGGGAAAAACAUAUUUUUCUAAAAUAUCAAAACCUGACAUCCUUAAUUGUUAAACCAAAAUAACAUUCUUCAAGGUGAAGGAUGUGCUCAGAAAUAAUUCUUUCGAACGAGUUUUUUUAGACCACGAUCCAUAGCGUCCUGUUUUUGAGAUUGUAAACCUGAAAAUCAUUUUUUAUUUAUUUUUUCUAUAAAAGAAAUGUACUUAAACAGUCAUUUUGAUUUUAUUUAUAAGUAAACCAAUUUUAUUGAAAUUAGAAGGACGAAAAUGAAUAAUUGUAUCAUAUUAAUACUUUCUAAAUAUAUACGGAAGUGACAAAACAUUUAGAAAUAUUUUUUCUUGAAGCUAAACCUGAAAUAAGGGUAUAUCUUUAUCUUAAAUUAGCCGCAUUGUGUAACUAGUAGGACUAUUUUUAGUGAAUGCAACACGUUUCUUGUAAAUAUAACAUAGUCCAAUAAUAUGAGGAUUAAAAUUUUUAUCCGAAUAGCAACCCUGCAUUUUUAAUAAAUGUUUAUUUAAGUCAAUAUAUAAUUGAUUUAUAUAGAAAUAAAAAUAUAAAAAUUUUCAUAAAUAUACUCUAUAAAAUAUCAUCUAUAAAAUAUCUUAAAACCUUACAAUAAUAUGAAAGAAAUUUUAAAUUUAAAAAUGUAGGGAUAAAAUUUUUUUAUAAAGUUGUUUUUUCAAUAGAAAUAGAUAUUUGCAGUGAACAAUUUAAAAUUUUAUAGCUGAGCUGUGAACCAUUUUAGAAUGUGUAUGAAAACAUUGUUAAAUUUUCCACUUUUUUGAAAUCAUAUAUACAGAGUGUACCGAAUAAUCUCAGAAAUAUAUUAUCUAUCAAUUUAUUCAAAAAAUAUUUAUUUAUUACAAAAAAAUGUUUUUUUCCAAUUGUUUAAAAAUAGUUUCCAAUCUCCUUUUUAAUAUUUCCAUACAAACAUAAUACCUGUAUCCCCAUAAAGGUCUACAUUUACUUGAUUUUUUAACUGUUCUUUUCAACUAGUUAAAAAUAAAUAAUAAAAAUAUAUAUCUUUGAUAUUAUUUAUCACACUUUGUAGAACUUAUUUUGAGAAAAGGUGGAAAAUUCUUAUUUUUCAGUUUUUUAUACUUGAACUACAAAUUUUAAUUUUUCAUUGUAAAUUUCUUUUGUCCUAUUGCACGUAUUUCAAAAAUAAUUUAUGUCGAUUUAAAAAGAAUAAUGCUCUAGAUUUUGUUUGAAACUUUAUUUUAAGAUUUAAAAAUAAUUUUUGGGAUAAUUUUAAUUAUUUUCUAUUAACAAAUUCAAUUUUAACUUUUUGCUAAGAUCGAAUUAUAUUAAAAAAUGUUUACCUUUGGGUUGGUAGUUUGAAUACUCAUUUUAUUGGACUAAAUAGUGUUUUCGAUGUCCUUAAAUUUAAAGGACUGAGAUUAUUGUGCAAAAUGUUCUUUAUAUUAUCUAUAGGAGUAACAAAAACCAUACAGGAUAUCUGAGUAUAUAUCGCCUUUUUAACACUACAACUACAUAUUACUCCUCAAUUUUAGUCGAUAUUUUCGCAAACCUGCCAGCUUAAGAGAACGACGAUAACUAGGUCUUUGAAAUCUUUUUUAAUUUUAAUAAAUUUAUAUAUUAAGCUUCAGUUUUCCAAAUUUUUAUUUGAGGAAUAUGCUUUUUGUGAGAAAUUAUUGGCCUCUUUCAAAGAUAUAGUGUAGAGAAGUGAGAAACAUAACAUCAAAAGAUAUUUCAGACGAAGUUUCCAAUGAUAACUUAUCAUUUUUGUCGGAAGAAUACGGAGAGAAAAUUCCUUUAUGGCAAUUAAAUGCGCUGUUAGUUAUAAAAAAAUAAUUAGCAAAUAUUAUAUGUAGGUAGACAGUAAAAAGAUCAAUGUUCUAAAUUCCUCAAAGUGACAAAAUAAUUAUAGAGCAGAAUAUAAAUCACGCAUAGUUGCUAAAAUCGGGGCAUCCUAAAAGUACCAAGUAAUUUUUGCUUCUUACAACGAAACCGUUGAUUCUUACUCUGUUUUAAAAACAUCGGUUAUAGACAUACAACAAUGAUGCUUGCUCUGUUUUAUAAACAUUGGCUAAAAACACAUAACAAUAUCAUUUAUAAUAAUACACUACGGAAUUAAUGUGGACUGAAGGCAAAAGAGGCUGCUGCGUAAUUGACAGUUGGUUGAUAUCACCGGCCGACAAAUGAAGAUUUUUUGAAAGUUGUUUGUAUUUGAGUCACAAAUAUCACCAAUUUAUACUAUUUUAAACACAAAAACACCUACAUAUUUGCCCUAUCACAUCAGAUUUUUUUAAAAGAAGGAAAAAGCAUUUUUUUCAAAAUUUAAAGAAAAAAUUUACAAAGAAAACAUUGAGCCUAAACAAUGCUACAGGACUAUUUAGACUUUAGAGUGACAUCUUUUACGUUUCGCGACAAAAUUACGUCUGGGUGUAGUUUUUUUGUGAGUAUCUUCAGUGUCAGUGACCAGCAGUAAUCAGCCAUCAUAAUCACAUUCCAUCGAACUUGGUACCUUGUCUCCAUAGUUGUUAUGUCCUGAUGAAACCUUUCUCUCUGCUCUUCACUGUAAUCACCAAUAUUAUCAGGAAAAAAGUCCACAUGUGAAUCUAGAAAGUGGACUUUUCUGUUCAUAUUACACCCCAAUUUUUGAUACUUAUCCAAUAAGUUUGCAACCUUAUUUUUAUAGUCGGGAUGUUUAUUAUUUCCUAGAAAAUUGUUGACAACAUCUGUGAACGCCAGCUAAGUAUCUGAUUCAGUGUUAUUCAUUGUGGUAUCAAAUUUCUCAUCAGCCAUCAAAGAUCUGAUUUGCGGUCCAUCGAACACUCCUUCUUUAAUUUUUGCUUCAGAUAAUCUUGGAAAUUUUUUACACAGGUAUUCAAAACUUGCAUUAUUUUUAUCCAAUGCUUUAAUGAACUGUUUCAUCAUACCGAGUUUGAUAUGAAGCGGAGGUAGUAAAAUUUUUUCAGGACUAAUUAAAUUUUUUCGUAUAACGUUUUUUGUUCCUACUUUCAGAUUUUGUUUUUGCUUUAAAGUCAUAAAGUUUCCACAAAUAUAACAAAAUGUAUCCGCAUUAUUAUGACACUUUCUUGAAGACAUUCUGUUGUUUUAACAGUUUUUCCACAACAAAUCAUACAUAAAAUUUAUUGAACACUAAAAGUAAAACGUAAGAAAUUUUUUUAAAUAAACACGCUAAUUUCAGUAAAAACUUUAUAAACAAAGUAACUGUAGAGGUUUAUUUGCAUGUAACCUGUUUCGAAUGGGUGUGUCGUUGUUGCAACUAAUAUAUUUUCUCACGAGAGGUCGCACGAUUCAAGAAAAGAGCGCCAAAAUCUAAAAUUUAAUUUAUUUUAAUCAAAAAAUUUAAAAUAGCCAAUGUCUUAACUUUUUUAAAAACCUGAUGUGAUACGAUAAAAUGAGGUAUAAUUUUGUGAUCAGCACUACCAAAUUAGUGGAAAAAAAUAAUCAGAACUUGAACAAGGAAAAUGAUGUGGGCCGGUGUAUUUUGUUUUAAGUAUUUACCAAUAUGAAUCAACUAACUAUAAGUAUUAAAUAUAUAGGAAAGAAUUUCGCCUAGUACCUAGUCACCUAGUAUUCCAAUUGUAUUUUUUACUUUCUUAUUAUUAUUUUUAAAAAAUUUCUUGUUUUUAUUUGUAUUAACAGAUAUUCUUAAGCUAUGGAAAGUAAGGAGAAAGAGAACAAUCUGUCUAUAUGAAAAGUGUCCGUCAAAAUGUGUUAAAUAAGGGUGGUUCCAUAUUAGCAUCAGUGUAAAUGUCUUUUAGCUUAUAUUUACUACAUUAUUUUGUACAAACGCAAGUUGUUGAAAAUUUAAAUAAUGAACUACGAUAUAGUUUGUAAUUCAUCUACAAUUAUUACAUUCAUUCCAUACCCUUUGUCUACACCUGCGCCAUUCUGGAAGGUUUUUGGAACUGUUAUUUAUCGUAUACAACUCGACACUUUCUCAACUUCUUUCCCAUUUCCCAUUUCAUUCUUUCGACCCUACAUAUUUUAAGUAUGUUUACAUCUUGGUAAUCUAAUUUUCUGUAUUUGCUUUAACUAAUUUAGUAGGUUUAUGUCAUCCUAACCAUCUUCUUUAUUACAAAAAAUGAGUCUUUAUACAUUCCAAUCUAAAAAGAAUUUGCAACUUUAGGUAACGUGAAAAAAAAAGCAAAAUUACGAAAAAAUUUCUUAAAUGGUCACCUGAUGUGCUUUCCCUUUUUUCACUCUUCUAUACAUUGAAAGUAUAGUUUUGUCACCUUUUUUAUUGAUAAGCAAAUGGAAAUACCAAGGCUAUGGUUUAUUUAAAUACAAAAAAUUAAUUUGUAUCUAGUAUUUAAAUACAGUACAAUCUCUCUAGUUCUGCCACCUCGGGACCGGACUACCAGCCGAACGACAAAUUCAUCGCAAAAAUAAAAAUAGCAUACAAAAUCUUCUCUUUUAUGUUCUUCUAUCAUAAACUUUCCAAAAAAUUAGUAUACCAGGUGUAAUGCUCUCAUAGUGUCCCAUACUUCUGGAGAAUGUGAAUAGAGGCUUUAUCCUCUGUGCAACAGAAUCUGCACCGAAAAGACUCAUGUUAAUAUCGUUGCUACUACUUAGGUUGAGGUUAUAGUUUCCCAGGAGAUUUUUUGCCUAUCUCAGCCCCUGUAGGUUGUCCCAUUAAUUGGUUUUACCCCUAUCUAUUUCUUUUCAAAUGCUUUUUCUAUUGUUCCACAGAAGGCUCAGGUCUUAUGCCAUUUAUUUUUUUUUUCAGAGUACCGACAAAAGAUACACGAUGAUUCUCUGAAAGCGUUUUUAAUAACGUUAUGUCACUGAAUCAAAUAUCUGCAGUUACAUUACUACCAGUAAGACGAAUAGGCUCUAACACCCUUUUCACUACAUCGACACAUUCAUUACUUACACAGUAGUGUCCCUCAGGUUGCUUUCCAGCAUAUACUUCUAAAUUGGAAGUAUAGUAAACUUUUGCGUCUGUUAAAGUGAAAAUUUUCAACCCGUACUUCGCUGGUUUAGAAGAUAUGUACUGGAUAAGCGAACAACGACCUCUAAAUGCUUCCAAUUUUUCAUCUAAUGUAACAUAAGCACUCAGUGAAUAACAAGGCUGAUAGUUUGUCACAAAUUGUUGAAGAAGAUCUCUCACUGCAGCAAUCCGGUCAGUUAGGAGUCUCUCACGCCUAGUAUGAAUUCUAUUUCGACUCAUUGUAAGCCUAAAAAUUUCAACUCCGAACCCUUCACCGUUCCACAAAUCUUUUAAAUUCAAUCUUCCUCCCUUAUGUGUCCCAGCUAUGUAGAAUAAACCAAUAAAGGCUAGUAUUUCUUCUCUAUCAAUGCAAUUUGCAUCUCGGGAUCGAGCAUAAUUGCAUGGAUCGACACAAGAAAUUGGUUUGUAUAUUUUACUAGCAUUUCUAUUAUUCUAUCAGUGAAUAGGCAUUUCUGGGUACUAUAAGUAUCCUUUAUAUUUUUUGCAGGCCCCUUCACAACUGGUAGUGUUGUGAGCAAAUUAUGUCGUGGUGUUCUUUUUGCUGCAGUGUAGAAAGUUUUUUCUAUGUAAACUUUUCAACAUGCACCAAAAAAAUUGUCCUCAGUUUCUUCAUUGAAACUAAUUUCCUCUCCACUUUGUUUCGGAAUCUUAAAUUAUUUCCUCACCAGGAUCACUAGCUUCCUCCUCAACUUCAUACUGUACAGUGGUUUCCCUGUCACUUUCGCUAUCACUAUCCACUUCGAAGAGGUGUUUAUGAAUUUGCUUCACAUCUUCAUCAUUACCAAGUCAUACAACUUCUGUACUGUAAUGUACACAUUACUUGCAUUUGUAGAUAACAGUCUAAAACUGAGUUAGUAGUAGAAGAAGACAACAUAUUACAUUACAAAAAUUGUACAUUGCUAGUGAUACAAAAAUAGUCGCGUGGGAUCUCAGAUGAGACAGUGAAAAACUCUCUAAGUGUUGAAGUGAGGGAAACCAAUCUGAUACUGGCUGGACAGUCAUACGAGAGGAGGAAGGUAGCGGGAGUGGGGAAUGUGCGGGCUCAAACAUGUGCGAGUAACACUUCAAUCUGUUGUCUAGGGAUCCCUCAGAUGACGCGCGAGUACUGCAGUGUUAACAAGUUAUGAUUACAUUACCAAAUCCGUCGCUAAUAACCAACAUGAUAGAUGCGAAAUACUUGAAAAAAAAUUUAUCCCACUAAAUAAUAUACACACUCAAGACGCAUCGGAAGUCAACUAAAACAGCUGGCUCUAAACUGUGUAUGAGCAAACAUCUUGUAUUGUUCUUAAGCUCAAUGCUCAAUGAUUCGCGCAGCUGUACGUUUUGAUAUGGUGAUAUUAGUACUGUUCUUAUAUUCAUUUGAUGCAGUCUGGUAUUUAAAAUAAAAUGGCUAUGACAGAUUGUAAAAUUCAGGACUUGUAGGUACUGUUCUUAUUCUCGCCGAUUAAAUUUUUAUCUAAGAAACCGACAAAAAUGAUAUUUACAGUGCCUUUAACUUGUUUUUAGUUCAUUUAAAAGAAUGUUUUGAUAAAAAUAUUUGUUACAAUCUCCCUUAGGAAAGAACCUAAUUAUCAAAAUAAAGUUUGAUUUUUCUAAAUGUUCUUCUAGUUAUAGUAUUAGAGGGGCGAUAUGAAUUUGUACAUACAACUUUUACAUUUUCAAUUAAUAAGUUUAUUAUAUAAUUUAAGGUAUUCAUUUACGUAGCUGUUAUUUUAGUUCAUCCAUAGUAUUCGUGCAAAUUACUUUUUUUUAAUUUAUGCUUUGGUCCGGAAGUUGAUUUUUCUGCCAGAAUCCAAGUUAAACAAUCGAGUUUACUAAAUAUAGGGAAAGAUUCACUUGUCAUAUCAUGGUUACAAUUCCAAUUUUUGUGAUAAAUUAUUAUAAAAUUUUGUUAUUUAAAUAUCGGUACCUAUUUAUACAAUAAUCAUUUACCUUAUAUAACGAAAACCAGAUUAAUAAGAACGAGAAUUAUCCAACAUAGCAAGAUAUCAUAGGAAAAAAUUUAUAUAAAUAGGUACCACAAAAAGCUACAAGGAAUUCAAAAUAGCAAAAGAUACAAAACAAUAAUUAAUAUUUUCUAUGUUGAUAACAAUAAUAAGGACACGGAAAGGGCAACACAUCCCAUUUUUGAAUCAGUUGGAAUGCAAUAGAAAUUUCCAUUUCACCUUUUUUUGUUCGCAAUUAAAUAGUUCAUUUUUAUAUGAUCCUACAUAAUUUGAUGUAUCAAACUUAAUCAAUAGAAUUAUAUACUUGUAUUGUUCAAAUACAUAAAAAUAUCUUAGUAUAGUAUCAUCGUCGCAAGAAAAAUAUUGUUUAAAAAUUAUGUAGUAGUGGAGGAAUUAAUAUAUCUAAAAUUUUUGUUGAAUCAAUCAACAAAAAACUAUGUUUCCUCAUGUUUGGUUUUUCAGUUAAGAGAACCUGCGUGACUUUGAUGGUCUAAUAUACAAUUUGUGAGAAAAAUUGAAUCUUCUAGUAAUCUAAACAAAAUCUAAAAUAAUUAAUUCAAAACAGAGAUUUACUAAGUUGUCAAUAUCUUGUUACUUGAAGAGACCACUAGCUAUCUUGCUUAGAUAUUUUUUAAUAUGUAUUGGAUUUUUCACAAAAAAAAACUCUGAAGCUGAAGAAAAUUUGAAAAUAGUAAGAAUAUUUGACUGAUAUCUUCGGUAUGUUUAACAAAGUUAGUUUGCAGCUGCUGGAUCUCGACUUAAUUAAAACAAAAUCACUGGUAUUGACUUUGUGGGUCAAAUUAUUCCUCAUAAACAAAAUUUAAGCAGAAAAAAAUAAGCAUAGUUUUUGGGGCUGUUAAAAUUAUCAGAAAUGUUUCAAGACGUUUUAUAUCAUAUCGUCGUUGUCAUUUUAAUUUGUUACAUGACCUAUUCCAUCUGUCCACUUUUUGAACAUUUGAAGAUUCUUUCAUAGUUUUAAAAUAUUUAGCAUAUAGAUCUAGUCAUGUUUUAAGAGCCAGAAAGUAGAAAUGUUUUCCAAUUUUAUGAAACUGUCUGUAGCUUUCUUAAACCUUAUCUUAAUUUUAGUCAUUGAAAAGGGUGUCUAGUAAAAAUUGAAAAUCAAAUUCUCACCUUUCUCCCGGUUAGUUUUCAUAUUUUCCCGGUAGAAAUUUCGUGAAUUUACUACACUUUUAUGAUGAUGAAUAUUUGUUUUAGAAAAUACAAGCAUAAUAAAGCUACCAAGUUAUUUUUUUCAAUUUAACUAAUUCUUACUCCAAUGCUGCAAGCUUUUUUAGUCGAAUUUUUCAAAGAAAAAUUAGACUAUUACGGUAGGCAUGACUAGAAGAAAAAUGGGGGGCCCAUCAUUUUUCCCAUGUUUUGAGACCUCCUGAACACGAUUAUGAUGGUUUUUCGAAUGUCUGUAGUUUCUAUAUAUAUCUAUAUAUCUGUUUAAGCUACAAUUCUUAUUUUCGUCUCUCGAGCAAUUGCUAUGGGUCCGAUUUGAUUCAAAAUUAGCAUACAUGGCUUUUUUGGCGGCGGAUUGAUGUUAUUAGAGUUUGGUUGAAAACAAAUGAAUAUUUCGAGGGGUCGCACUGCAAAAAAAGUGGUUUUUGACCUUUGCUCACCUCUGCAGGUCAAACGAAAAGCGACUGAAAAAUGAAAUUUCACAUGUAGGUUCAAUUAGUUGCGAGAUGAUUUCCUGUCUAAUGUCGAAACUUUCCAUCUCCACCCCUCUCCAUUUUAUGGUCAUUUUUGUUAUAUUUUCUUAUUUUUUUGCCAGAAAAAGUUUAACUAGAGGGUUCGAACUUCGCAUGCAAGUAGGGGUGAUGUUGAAGAAUUGUCUUUCUCAAGUUCAAAGUUUUCUUCUUCAGUUCUUCUAGCACAAAACGCCCGAAAUCAUUUUGAUCGUUGUAAUUGUUAAACUGGACCGCCUCCUAUUUAAUGAAUAAUACGAGUAUGAUCGUUGCUAGGGUGAUUUUUUUUACUUCCCAUUUUCGAAAUUUCUUGUCAUUAUGACAAUUUUUUCUUUGUUGUCAAUUGGAAUUGAACAAGAGGGGUCGAGACCACCGGGUCUAUUGAAAUUAUGAAUUUUCAUUCGAGAGAGGGAGAGUUAACUUGUGAAAUGAAAAGUUAUUGAGGAAUAGCAAAUUUUCUAUAUAAAGAAAUGAGAUUGAGAAUUGAUAUCAUUUCCAAUAAAAUCAUUUUAUGGAAAGAUUUGUUUGUGUAUUAGUUAAAUUCUUCAUUCGACGAAAAAUUCGACUUUCGUGAUGGAGCUCUGCUGCUCACGGCUUUUUUUGUCUUUUUGUGCUGCGCUAUAUAUUGAGUAGGCCUUAUAGAGAGUAUCAUAUAUUUUCAAAAAUUUACAUUUCUAAUCCACGAAGUUUUUUUCGAGAAUCAUUCACUUAUCUUUAGCCUAUAAGUGAUUCUUCUUUAAAAUUAUCAACUAAAAUCUCCUUAUUAACAGAAAAUCAACUCUCUGCAGUCGCAUUGCCGUGAGAAAUUAUUAGAAGUUACAGCACGUUUUUUGACUACUGUUUUCGAUAAUUUCCAUCCAAAAAUCAUUUGCUCUACCAUAUAUGGAAUAGUUUUUCAUCUUAUUUAGAGCGAUCUGAUUCGUCAGAAUAUCCAUGAAAGCCCUGUCUGCUAUUUCCAAUGUAGAGGCGUUGCAUCUGUUCGCAAUCAGCAAAAUGUCAAAUGCUUCAGACACUAGUUGCACGGAUUGUUCUGAAUCGUCUUAUUGGGAUUAAGAAAACUUAUUACGAAAAACCAACAUGUCAUUUAUCUUUGACCCAUAUGCUCUUGCGGUAUACUCUAAAUAGAUAUCUUGAACUUUUUUGAGGUUGCAUAAUAAACCAUUGGUAUCUAAAUUUCUAUUUUAUGAAUAAGACUGCUUUGAAGAAAUUCGCCUCCAACGAACCGCCUCAUCAAGUUAUUCAGGAGCGAAAUCUGGUCUUCAUAAAGAAAUGGAGUUAAGGGCCAAUAACUUCUGGGCGUCUUCAAACGCAAUAUAAAAAAUGGCAGAUAAUUGAGUUACUUUAGUAAUUAACAAAAAAUAUAAAUGACAAUUAUAUAAUGUGAGGCUUAACGCCAGGUCUAUGGAAACUCGCCACUUUUAAUAUUCGUUUUGAAUUAGAAAUAAUGAGUCUCCCGAGAACCCUACAUGUACUAAAUUAUUUUCGAUACAGUAAGUUUAACAGACCUGGCCUGAAAAGUUGAUAUAUGAGUGCCAAUUAAACAUAAACGAAUCUUCUAUAUAAAUGUAAUGUCCUUAUUUAUUUAAACUGAUUUCUCACUACUUAAUUUAUUUAUACACUUUACUAGAUACUCUAAACUUUCCACUAUAUACUAAACUAUUCACUAUUCAAUAAAUUAUCCAUUAAGACUUAACUAUGCACUAACUUAUGUUCUAGAAUGUGAAGAAAUAAAAACGCCUUCUUAGAAAUUAAUUCAAUAAAAACGGUCAUAACAUACUGUAAAUAAGUUAUGAAAAACAGGACCGGUUUGACUGUCUACACCAGUAAACAAUUUUGUAACAUAAACAAAAACAUUUUUUACAAACAACAGCUACAUUUCUAUAAAUGUAACUUCUUAUUUUGUUCUCGUAAAAUAAAGUGUGACGUGAUUUAUAUAUUAAAACUCCGAAUUUGGAUUUUUAAAAACAAAAAUUACAAUUACAAUAUAUAUUUAUUAAGCAAAGUUAGAACAAAGAAUGAAUUAUGAAAAGAAAUACAGUUUUUAUUUAUCUUCUGUGUUUCCGCGAAGUCAUCACUUUGUUAUAUGUUGUCAGCUGUUACUUAAUAUGUAACUUGUGUAUCUUCAUCACACACGAAUGUUACCAUUUAAAUAUAUUGCCUCGAAGUGCUUUUUUGAGAGGUCCAAACAUGAAAAAAUCAAAUAGCAAUAAAUCUGAAUUUUAAAGUGGAUAAUCAAUUGCUUUCCAAUUCAUUUCCACUUGUUUCUGCUGUAUUGGGUCUACUGUACGAUGCCUGUCGUUGGUGUGCAAGAGCAACAUCUCACGUUUGGGACAAUCUCUUCUUUAAUGUUUUUUUUUUAAGCUCAACUUGAUUUAAAAGACCGCAGAAGAAACUGACGUCUUUGUAAGAAAUUUCCUAGUAGGACACCUCUCCAAUCUCAAAAAACGUGGUUAACACCUUCCCCGUAGAUAAUCGAAUUUUCAUUUUCACGGUGUUUUGUUUCUCUACUCCAUAUUUGCACGUUUUGAUUCGGAGGUGUAAUGAAAGCCCAUUUGCUCUCUGACGAUUGAUUAUACACCUUCCAUAACUGACACUAGUUCUACUCGUUAGAUGAGCUUACGAACACGUGGAGUUAGCCUAACACGUUUACAGAUUUGCUUGAAUUCGGUAGACCAAAGUAAAGGGUAGCUUCCCCAAACUAGGGAAGCAGUCUGCGGUAAAUUUCAAUUUUUUGCACGUUAUCAGAAUUAUCAUCAAGACUGAUACCUUCUUCGUCGUCUGGACAAUCCGGCUGAUGUGGAUUUCCUACUAUAGGUAUUUCCCAGCUAAAGACUACACAGAUACAGAUCUUCCCCACUCUCAACAACUAAAGGCCCGUUUAUAUUUUAUCUGGUGUAUACAAUAAAACAGUUAGUACGGUUUGUUUGGUGUUUAAUAAGAUUUUAAAGAAUAUCAGUAAUACCUCGACUCAAUUUCUAGUUAUAAGCUGUUUUAAAAUAUUCUCUUCGUCUGGAAGUUUCAUAAAAAAAUAAAUGUUUUCCUGAAAACGUGAGCAAACUUCAACUAUGUACAGACAAGAACAAGAAAUGGUCUUUUUAAGGAUGAUUACAAUCAUACUUUGUCAUAUUUAAAUAAAGCUAACAAUUUUGGUUAAAAGGAAAAUUUUCAGAAAAACAUUACAUGAGGCAACAAUGUCAACAAAAACUGUAUGGUUAUGUAGUAUGGAAUACAUGGCGAUAUACUCAAAUUAUAAAGUGUUAAAAGGUGUCAAUAUACAAAUAAACACCUUGAAUUUAUUAUUUUAGUUACUUUUUCAUAAUUUUGUAUAUAUGAUAAUAAUUUAUUAUAAUGAUUUAAUUUACUUGUCUCACGUAUGAACUAAAAUAUAAAAUAAUAAAAUAGCCGAAUGAAGCGCCACAGGUCUUGAGCAGGUUCUCUACAUUGAUUGCUCUCUUCUCUUUUCCACGUCUAGAAUGCAGUAAAGUUCAAUUUGACAGUAGUGCAUGUAUAAUUUUGUCAAAAUUAUUUAAUAAGUAUUAACUUUAUUUUACAAUUGUUAAUUAUUUUGUGAAGUAAUCGUAGGAGUAGAUUCGAAGAUGAGCUCUCUCUAUAGUUGAAAUAUACACUAAAUUGUGAUUAAAAGUAUUCUGUUGUUUGUUGUGAACAAAUUAUUAUCUUAAGUUUAAUUUUUCAAACACUGAUUAGUUAAAUUAAGUAACCUUAUUUUAUGUACUGAAUAUUAGUAUUUAUAUAUGUAUUCGUACUUUUUUUAUAUAAUUUUGAAGCUUACUUAUUAGAAUUUUUUACGAA